GUCCUUCAAGCCAGACUUCAUAUUGAUUCGCCAGCACGCCUACAGCAUGAUUCCCGGUGAGGACUUCAGGAACCUGGUCAUCGGCCUACAUUUUGGCGGCAUCCCGAGUAUCAACUCUCUCUUCUCUAUCUACAAUUUCUGCAGCAAGCCAUGGGUGUUUUCUCAGAUGAUCAAGCUCUACCACUCCCUCGGUCCGGAAAAAUUCCCUCUGAAUGAGCAAACCUUCUACCCCAACCACACGCAAAUGAUAACCACCCCGCCGUUGCCUGUGGUGGUCAAGAUGGGACACGCUCACGCAGGAAUAGGAAAGAUCAAAGUGGAAACCCAGCAGGAUUUCCAGGACAUCACCAGCGUGGUGGCUCUGGCUGGGACUUACGCCACCGCUGAGCCCUACAUCCUUUCAAAGUACGACAUUCGCAUUCAGAAGAUUGGAAACAACUACAAGGCCUACAUGAGAACGUCCAUUUCUGGCAACUGGAAAGCGAACACUGGGUCUGCUAUGUUGGAGCAGAUCGCCAUGACAGACAGAUACCGCAUGUGGGUGGACUCCUGUGCGGAGAUGUUUGGUGGUCUUGAUAUCUGCGCCGUGAAGGCCGUCCAUGGAAAAGAUGGGAACGACUACAUCAUUGAGGUGAUGGACAGCUCCAUGCCUCUGAUUGGAGAACAUGUGGAGGAGGACAAACAACUGAUCACAGAGCUGGUGGUAAACAAGAUGGCCCAAUUGUUGCUGGGAGUUUCCACGCCGCUGCCUUCAUCAGUGAAGACAACUCAGCCCAGAAGAGGAGGACACCGCUCUAGUUCUGCCUCUCCAUCGCAGUCCACUCAGGGUUCACCUCAGAGAGCUCGCUCAGCCACCACGUCUCCCAGCCAGGCUUUCCAGCCUGGACCCAUCCCUGCCUCCUCUGGUCCCGGAAGUCAGAAGCCCUCCCCCCAGCUAAACAAAUCCCAGUCGCUGACCAACACCUUCACAGAGACGUUACGAGGGAAUCUGAACGACGACGAAGCCAAAGCUGAGACUAUCCGCAGUCUCCGGCAGUCCUUUGCCAGCCUCUUCUCUGAUUGAAAGUGUCCCACAGCGCCUGCUGCUUCUGUCACUCAUCAGGUCAUGAAAAAUGAGAACAACAGACUUCCUCUUUCCUUCAGUCUCUGAACCUCACCUCACAUUUUCUUCCGUCAGAAGUGAGGGUCUCCUACUUGAUCGUUGGUUUAUCUAUCACUAGAAAGGUCCAACUAGUGCAGAAAAAUCCCAUUGUUGUAAAACAGAGCCUGGCAAUGUGUUACUGUUUGAGUUUUUGCAAUGACAACAAAAAACUAAUAACAUACAAGCGAUUUUAAACGUAUUACCAUUUAGCAUUUUUAUCUUAUUGAUGAUAAUUCUUUAAUAACUAUUACCAGAUACUGCCUCCUCUUAUUUGCUGGCUGUUUUGUCAAUAGAGCAACUCCACCACCUAGUGGAGCCUUCUGGAACAUGCAGCCCUCUACUGCAUUAAGGGUUUGCUGUGUUUGGGUCAAUGCUCUCAUGAUCGUUGAAGCUCCAUUAGGUCAAAUUUUUCCUGGAGACCCAGAUUAAAAUAGACUGACAAUUGUUUUGUGUUUUUUCACUGCCGACACCUUCUCAUCACACGUUGUUCUCACAGCUCAAUCUGGUCCUGUGUGGGUCUACAGUUAUGUUCCAAAUAGGAAUUUAUUUCGUCCAGGUUGGAGAGUUUGGAAUCUGUUUGAUUAACUCUUUUCUACAAACAGGUGUUUUUUUUUUUUUUUGCUCCUAAUCUCAAUUUAGUAAAGGUGUCCUGAUGUUGCUGGUCGGCGGGGAAUUUCAAAUGUCACUCAACACAAUCUCAAACCGUCUAAAGCUUUAAAAAAUUAUUGUAUGUUUCAAAUUAUAAGAGACAUUGGGCAAAUUGACUCAACUUCUAGAUUUUUUGCAGUCAAACUUUAUUAACUGCAUUUAAGGGAAUGCUAGAACUUAUCCAUAAGAUGCUACAUGCUAGCCGUGUUAGAAGUGUUAGCCUUGUUAGCGUAUUCAAAAUAACUGUGACAUCCAACCUUGUUUGCAAAACAUAAAAAACAGACUAAUACUGCUAAAACAAACUUUAGUUUGACAAUGCUAACACGGCUAUAAGGUAGCGUAAGAGCAUUUGGAAUAGCUGUAACCCCCAAGCAUGACGGCAACACAUACAAAAAAGCAGACUAAUAGAACUAAAUCUAGAUUCACUGUUGCUACGCUAACUCUUAACCUUAUAGGUAACAUCCAUCCAUCCAUCCAUCCAUUCUCUUGUCCGCUUCUUCCCUUUCGGGGUCGCGGGGGCCUAUCCCGGCUACUGAUGGGCGAAGGCGGGGUACACCCUGGACAGGUCUCCAGUCUG